AGCAGAUCUGAGCACACACUCACACACACACACACACACACACACAUAUCCUCAUGUUACAGGGUGCAGCUGCGUGGUUGCUUGGUAUCAGCCACUAUGGCAUAAUAACUGGAAGUCAGGUGCUACGUCUUUAUCAGAAGCGCAGUUCUGCGAAGUGGAAAGCAAAUGAACUCGCAAACAAUCCCAGUAUGACAUUGAUAGGACACUAAAGAGCUUGUUUUCCCUGAGCAGGUUAGGUCCGUUUGUGUUUCGCAGAUGUACUGUGUGAUUUUAGUCCUGUACAAAGUGAACACACUUGAGUUUUUCCUUAAUUUUCUCAGAUGUUUCUCUUAAAGGCCCAAAGAGAAAUUAAUGUAUGAGACAUCUGUUGAGUUUAUAGCUACAAAAUGAUGCCGUAGCUCAGAUCAUUGGAUCCUGUGUUAUCCAUUGGAUCGCUGCUGGCAACUAUAUGAGUUUACAUGUUAUGAUUUAAAAACUUGCAUGUAAUGCCUUUUUUCCUGAUUGUUUUGCAAUCACGUCAUUUGUUUGUGUUGGCGUAAUAAACUGAGACGAUGCGCGUCAAAGUUUUAGAUCUCUGCUGAAAGCAGCUCCAGCUGUGAAGCAUGAGAGAGGUCGAAAAUGACGGAGACGUGCCAAGUGCACAAAAGCAGGGUCUGUUUCGUGCACAACUUAAACAACAACAGAAUGGGGCUUUUGCAGAACAGGCCGGUGAUGCCAUGUCAUUUGAUGAGUGCAUGCAGCUCCUGGCUGAGACUUUUCCACUAGAUGAGGCAGCUGAGUCAGCGCCGCCUUGCCUGGAUGCAUCCAUUCCUCCUUCCACAGAUCUUAUGAUGCCCCCAGACACCCCAGCCUUUACCCACAAUCCUUUGCUGCCAGGCUCUCUGGAUCAGGCCUGGAUGGAGUUGCUCUCACUCCCAGAGGUGCAGCAGUGCCUCAACAUGCAGAUGCAGGAGUCGUUGGAUAUGGAUGGAUUUCUGAAGCCUUCCACAGAAACACAGGACCCAAACUAUAGCCAGUACCUGCCCGGGAUGGACCAUCUCUCAUCGGUGCAGACAGAGGUGUGUCCUCCCGAAUACAUCAACACAUACAAUGGAUCCUUCAACACUACGGUGUCGCCCAACCUCAGUCAGAUGAGUCUGAAUGUCCCGGAUGUGAGGGCCGAGUUUAGACCUGAAGAAUUCAAUGAGCUGUUUUAUCCUGCGAUGGAGGUUAAAGUGAACAGCGGUCCUCUCACAUCUGAUGAAGGAAAUACGGUCAGCCAACUGGCGGAGAUCCCCAGUGAUCCUCCUGUGAACCCCAUGGAUCUGCACAGCUUCUCACCUGGAAGCUUCAGCUCAGGAAAACCAGAGCCUAUGUCGGAAUUCCCAGAUUCUGAUUCCGGUUUGUCGCUGGACGCCAGCCCUCACACGAGCUCUCCGGGGAAGUCCUUGAACGGAGACGGAUCCUUCGGUUUAAGCGACUCUGACUCCGAAGAGAUGGAUGGUAGUCCGGGUGACAUGGAGUCAGAUUAUACCGAGAUAUUCCCGCUGGUUUACCUUACCGAUGGAGCUCAGGGAUCUCUCUCAGAGAAACCCCCAGCUGAGGCACUGAAGAUGAAGGCGACGAACCCAAAGAUAGAUCCGGCGGAGGCCAGUGGCCACUCCAAACCUCCCUUUACCAAAGACAAGCAAAAGAAACGCUCUGAGGCACGGCUCUCCCGUGACGAACAGAGAGCAAAAGCCUUGCAGAUCCCAUUUACUGUGGACAAGAUCAUCAAUCUGCCUGUGGAUGACUUCAACGAGAUGAUGUCCAAACACCAGUUCAACGAGGCCCAGCUCGCCCUCGUCAGAGACAUCCGGCGUCGGGGCAAGAACAAGGUCGCGGCGCAGAACUGCCGCAAGAGAAAGAUGGAGAACAUUGUGGGCCUGGAGUACGAGCUGGACUCUCUGAAAGAAGAGAAGGAGCGAUUGAUGAAGGAGAAGAGCAAACGUAGCACCAGUCUGAAAGAGAUGAAGCAGCAGUUGAGCACCUUGUACCAUGAGGUCUUCAGUAUGCUUCGAGACGAGAACGACAAGCCUUUCUCGCCCAACGAAUACUCCCUACAGCACACUGCGGAUGACACCGUUUUCCUCGUUCCUCGCCUUAAAAAGACUCUCGUUAAUAACAACUAGCUCUGUUCCUUCUACUCUCUCCUUCCUGUUUUUUUUGGUACUGCUUUUAUCUUGCUAACAACAUAUCCUAACCAGGCAUGUUGCAAUAAAGCCACAAAGGCUCUUCCUCACGUCGAUGUGUUUGUCCUAGCCAGCCACAGAAUAUUUUGUCAGUCACUUGGUUGCUGCAGCAUUGUGCUGGGAAGCUCCGCCCACAAUGAAAUCUCAUUGGUCCAAAAUCCGGCUGCACAUUAAACAUCAUCAAAUAUGUUGCUAUUAGUGUCGAGAACAUUGUCGACCCCUGAAACUUGUCAUUUUGUGACUGGCUAGAACACGGUGUACAUUUUACACAAAGGAAACAACUAAACAGGAGCGCAUUUUGCUUUUACACCAACUGUUGAAAUGGCAGAACUGUUAUAUAUGUUUCGCGUGUUCUACUUUCCUAAUAUUCUUCACCUCCGUUGGAUUUUGUACUCCUUUACAUUUUCUCUGAGAUUCUUUUAUCUGUAUGGUUUGUAAAUAGAUUUAUACUUUAUUUGCUAUUGAUAUAGGAACAAAUGUACUAAAUAGAUCACGUUUUAGUAUGCUAAACUUAUGUCAGGGUUUUAUAUCUUAAUUUACUAUUCUAUUGCUAUUUUACCUCUUGACUUUAUGGCUUUAUAUAAUAAAUAAAUAUUUAAACCAG